AAAAAAGAUAACAUAUACAUCAGCAGACAAACUAGAAAGAAUUGGAUUCGUCAAGGUCCUGGUAAGUAAUCUAUGAAAAUUAGUACGGUAAUCUGGCUACUACUCUUUUUGCAGCUUGACGGCCUCUCAAGCCCGAACAACCACAAACUCACACAUCCAGCAACAAUCAAAGGGAACAAACAAGAAGUUCGAGCACAAAAAAGCAUGCCUUUUUUCAAUGCCGCCACUUGAGAGUUGGGAGUAGCUGUGGACCAGGAGGAGGCCGUGAGAGGCCAGCAGGAAGCACUACAGGUCGUGCCUACCGCGACAUCCCCGGGUAAGCACGUGACAGGCCCCGCGUCUCCCGCCAGUGGAGGAGACAACCACAGCAUCGAGCACUACGGCAGCCCGGGGCCAUGAUCUCCAGAUCAAGCUCCGCGAGGUUGACGACGAUAUCGAUGUGCUCCGCGAGGAUCUCGCUGGUAUUUGUGCAGCAGAAGAGGAUGAAGGGAUGGGGAGCACGAGAUGAGGGCGGGAGAGGGUUGGAGCCGUGCGACUCGCCAGGAUGGUAGAGGGGACGCGGAUUUUUAGAGCAGCUGCGUCGGGGCCGCGCUAUCGUAGCGGUUGAAUCAUCGCUCUGUACCUCAAGAUGCCCGUCACGGAAUCCCAUUUUAGUGCACACGUUACCGUGGCAGAUGGCUGUUACGGUCAUUGAUGUCAUAGGGGUACUGCUCCAUCGUAGGUUCUGCAGAAUUUUGUCCUCCACCUCCUCCUAUGUACCGACGCGCACCCGUGACUUCGACUCACGACUCACUAUACACACCACCCUGCUCGUUCCUUGACUUAUCGUUCAAUGGACGGAGUGCAAGGAGGCGAUUCCAUGGCGCCGGCGCGGAGCCGCCUGGAAAUCACUCCGGCGGACGGCGAUAGAUCCAACUCCGCCGCCGGCAAUCCAAUCUUCUCAGGCAGUCCGGUAAUGAAGGGGGCGCUCGAGAAUCCCGGAAGAUGCGCAUAUCCGAGAUGCGACGGCAGACCCCAAUGUGCACACCGGAUUAAUAACGCCUCCGGCUACAUUGAGGGGCGCUAAUUCAUGUGCUUACGGCCCUGUUUGUAAUCCACAUGUACCUGCUCCUGAUUCUGAAAACCUCAUAGUUGUGCCUGGAUGGAAGAACAGUUUGUUCCAUGCUGCAACAGGCAAGUGCUCGGCGCAUAUAUUGAACAUGUGCAAUCCGUUGUGGCCAGAGAGAAUAAGCCCGUGGGUGCGCCAAUCUUUGUAACCAGAGAACAACUGGAGUAUGAAGUCAUGAUCGAUCAUGGGGCUAUUCGGACCAGGAUUCAUGGACCUGGCUGGCAGAGGUUUCUUGACGAGUACGCAGUGCGGCCUGGUGACAUGGUGUAUAUAUGCCUUACUCGCGGUGAUGGAAGAUUUUUCGUGGAAGUUGAGAUGGGUGGCAUAAGGCAAACCCCACUUCCUUAUAUCGCUCUGAAUGGCUUAUCCCUUGUGCAUCGCGAGCUCGUCGACCAGUGUGUGUACACUAGGGGGAUAUGGUUGGAAUUUCCAGAGAUGAGAAAGAUGAUCAGACGUGCUUUCACCCCCUUGGAAGAUAUAUGUUGCAUCUUUGUACACAAGAUGACUGGUGUUGACAUUAGAGGUGGCUACAUGAGGCUUCCGAAGAAGGCUGUUGAUCUUAUUGAAAGCAAAACGGGCCAUAUGGAUAAUUCAGGGAGUAUUCUGCUGCAUGACGAUACAGGAGCCCUUGUAGCGGCUUCAUUCAAAAAGGCAAACGAUGGCAGACUCGUCAUACAAGGAGGUUUUCCGAAGUGUGUCGGUCAGCUUGAACUGAAGGAAAAUGAUCUUGUUGUCAUCACGUUCCACAGGCGUGGCAUGGACUAUUUAUACAUAGACAUAGAUGCCAUGUUGAACUUCGGAGCAGCUCAUAUAUGCUUGCUCUUUUGUGUACUUCGUCAUGGAUCGGAUUUGUAGCACUUUCGGUGUGGUACGAGACUAUGUGUAAGUUUCAACCUA